GACUUUUUUGUCAUUUGACUAUCAUCUAGGGUUUCUAUAAAAAGCUGGAGGAAGCCGAUCGGGCGACUUAUUAGUGCGGCGCAACUCUAGGGUUUCUUAUCCGGCUGUCGAAGCUACGCAGUUGAUAUAUUUUUUCUUCCUCUGCAGAAGGGAUCAUGUCGGGAAGAAAGAAGACAAAGGAGCCUAAAGAGGAAACUGUGACCCUUGGACCUAAAGUACGUGAUGGGGAGAUUGUGUUCGGUGUUGCUCACAUCUUUGCAUCUUUCAAUGACACUUUCAUCCACGUCACUGAUUUAUCUGGAAGGGAAACGCUUGUACGAAUUACAGGCGGAAUGAAAGUCAAAGCUGAUCGGGAUGAAUCGUCACCAUAUGCAGCUAUGCUUGCAGCACAGGAUGUUGCACAACGAUGCAAGGAACUUGGUAUUUCUGCUUUGCAUAUUAAGCUCAGGGCCACCGGGGGGAAUAAAACCAAAACUCCAGGCCCUGGUGCUCAAUCUGCUCUCAGGGCUCUUGCACGCUCUGGAAUGAAAAUUGGGCGCAUUGAGGAUGUUACUCCAAUUCCAACUGACAGCACCCGUAGAAAGGGCGGUAGAAGGGGGAGGAGACUAUAAUGGAUGCAUUUGUCUGUCAAACCUUCUUCUGCUUUAGUGAAGAAUCGUUGAAGAGGGGAUAUGAUAAUCUAAUAGUAAGAAUUUUGCUGAUUGUAGCUUGUUCUUGUUUCAUUGCUUUGUGAGACUUUCUAUUGUAUUCAGGACAUUCGAAGUUCUUAAGAUUUUCUUCUUGUUCUGAAUAAGAAUUUUUAAAGACCAGACUUUUGAAUAUUUGAUGUUGUUGAUGGGGUUUGCUAUUGAUGGGUUAAAA